GCAUACCACGUGACUCCCAUAAUGCGGAAGAAAUUGAGCGUGUUGAAGAAAAGCUGCAGAGACUCGUUUCAAAACAUUUCUGGUUGCAGAAAAAAGUACUUGCUAGUUAAAUGGUUGUGACAAGCUGAGCCUAGUAGUUCAGAAAAUAGUAAAACCAUAUCUUAGGGAGACACAUUGUUUACUAGCCAGGCCAGCUGUCGAUGAUGUUUUGCUGGCAAUGCAUAGUUAGCUAGCUAACAUUUAAAAUCACCCUUUGCCGCACCUGCUAGCUAAUUGGAAAGUUUCCUCAAGUGAAUGGGGAAAUGGACCCUACAACAUUUUCAGGUCCCCAUCUCCCUCUAUCCUCCCUGCGUCUCCUGGUGCCACCACUACGUCUGAUGUCUGCAUCCAUGUGGCAAGUGGCUCAGCAGCGUAACGUGAUGCAGUAUGGGAAGCUGGAGGAGUUUGUGACUCUGGUGACAGAGAUGGUUCCGGAGCUCCUGACGCUCAAGCAGAGGGUCCAACUCAUCCUGGGACUGAGAGCGAGGCUGGUUCUUGAAUUGUGUCGUGGUGUGGAGUCUAACCCAGCUGGCUACAAAACCAUCCAGCCCCACCUGGACAGAAUCCAUUCAUGCACAACACAUAAAGGGAGCAAAGACAAAGAAGUGGAGGCCUCAAAGGAUAACUUUGUGGAGCUGGUCCAAACUCUGCUAGAAGACUCGACGAAGAGGGAACAUUUUUUUCAGGAGGUGUUCCCUGUACAGUACAGCACUAGGUAUGACACAGCACUGCAGAUACUGGUGUGGCAGUUCUUUGACAGACUGGAGGAGAUGCUGCCAGUGCCCAGCUUUACACAGACAGCAUCCAUUCUCAACCUGAACCCUACUGACCUGGAAGAGUGUCAGCAGUCUCUCUGUGAUCCUGAGCAUCUGAAGACACUGCUGCAGCAUCAUAGAAAUCUGGGGCACCUAAAAAAAGAUUUUUUGUUCUAUGACUCUGAUAACAUCCUGUCCACGUUGUCCUUCCUCGCUCCCUCACUGAAGUCUAAACAUACCAAAAGAGGCAUAGAAGAAGGCACGGUGAAGAACGAGAGCGAUGUGAGGAGAAAGGGAGAGAAAGAAGAGGCUGAAGGUCCGAAAGAACAGGAGAGUGGUGAGGGACAGCAAGAAGUCAGUGGGGAGGACCAAGACGCCAGUGAGGGAAGUGAUGAGGGCGCUGAAAGACUGGUGGAGGCUGGGGAAUCCUCUGGGAACUCUGGGCAGCAGAAACAGCCAUCAUUAGUGGCCAUCAAUGGACAAGCUAAAGCCAAGCCCCCCCAGUCCCAGGGCUUUUCCUGCACACAGUGCCAGUUCUCCAACAGGAGAUGGCUCACACUUCAGGAGCACAUCAAGAAGAACCAUCCAAAGGAGGACAGUGGGAUCCUGGGCUCUGGAGAAGCUGGAGCUGAGAACAACGUCCUGCCUGUCAGUGAGACAGAAAGUUCCUCAGCCAAGAAGGCCAGGAAGAACAGGUACAUCUGCUCCCAGUGUGGGAAGGGUCACAAAUGUUCAUAUGAACUGAGACGACACGAAACCGUUCACUCUGAGGUGAAGCCCUUCCAUUGUGACCAGUGUGAGAAGAGAUACAAAACAAAGGUGGCUCUAAAACAGCACCAUCGAGUUCACACUGGAGAAAGGCCGUAUGUUUGCUCACAUUGUGGCAGAGGCUUUAGGUCUGCAGGAACUUUACAAUCACAUGUACGCACACACACCGGGGAGCGACCUUUUGUCUGUUCUAUAUGUGGGAAGGGAUUUAUUCAACAUCAAAUACUGAUAGGUCACCUCCGGUGGCAUAGAGGGGAGAAACCGUACUUAUGUACCGUUUGUGGAAAGAGUUUUAGUACUUCAGGUGCCUUGUUGGUACACUCACGAACACACACAGAUGAACGCCCCAAAAGCUGUGAGCAUUGUGGGAAGAGGUUUAGAAGAUGUUACGAUCUCACAAUACAUCGGCGGAUCCACACUGGUGAGCGGCCGUUCUCCUGCACACAGUGCGACAAAUGCUUCACGUCCCACAGCGACCUUAGCAGACACAUGCGAAUUCAUACAGGAGAGAAACCUUACCAGUGUAAAAUGUGCGAUAGGAGAUUCACUGAAAGCGGCAACCUGAAAGUACACCAGCGAGUUCAUCGGGGAACAGCCACAAAUGUACGGGUUUCAGUGUGUAAUAUCAGUACGGCCCACCACAAGUCACCAAGUGUGGCAAGAAAGAAGGAAAGAAAGAAAUACAAUGUUCCACCACUUGUUGUUGGACAUGAGUUGCCGUAGCCACAGUGUGUUUAUUUUUUUAUUGAACAUUUUUUAAAUGUCACCUUUUUAUUUAACUAGGUAAGUCAGUUAAGAACAAAUUCUUAUUUACAAUGACGGCCUACACCCUAUGGGACUCCCAAUCACGGCCGGUUGUGUUAGCACUGAGAUGCAGUGUCUUAGACCACUGCGCCACUCGGGAGCCCAGAGGGGAGAAACUAUGUUCAUGUUCUAAGAACACACAUUAUAUUGGAACUUUAUGAUUCCCGGGCCAUUAUUUUUAUUUUAGAAUAAGUUGACUUGCAUUGUAAUAACUUAUUUCUCGUAGUAGCAAGAUAAUUGGCUAUUUUGUGAUGGCGAGGCAUUUAAUGACAGCGUAAUAUGAUUAUUUUAAUAAUGAGAUAAUUGGUUACUUUGUUUCUCUAAGUGGUUUCUCUAGCUUUUCAACACCAUAUAUUAGGUAAUCUCACAAACAUAUUCACUAUCCUGCCUACUAACAGUCACUGAAAUCAGUCAGGGAAGGUCAAACAGUUCACAACAGAUUCAUACAGGGGUACUGUUUUUGCGAAAUUAGACAGCAUGGUAAUAUAUCACAUUUGCAGUGCGGCCCUCUGAACCUCAGCGAAGACAGAAUGUGGCCCCUGAAGAAAAUGAGUUUGAGACACCUGGUCUUGAGGGACAUUGAGAUCUGUACAGGACUAUGGUGGUGGUGAUCGGUAGAUCCAUAGUUUGUGACUAUGGUGACUUGGCUAAACCAGUGGUUCCCAAACGGCACUAGUGUGCCUUUUUUAGGAGCUCUCUGAUGUGCCGUUAAAGUUCUGGUAAUCUUGAUUUAAUUUUUUUUUUCUUUUUUUAAGUAACACUCACUUGUAAACAACCUGUGGAAUGCAAAUGGAAUUUUGACUUGGGAGCACUAGUGCUGGUCAGAUAAUACAUUAAAUGGCACAUGGUUACAUCUGUAUCAUUGUUUCAAGUCCAGUGCAUUCAGGCUGUUACAAUUGUAUAAUUUGAGGGUUGCGCAUCAUGAGCAAAGUCAAUCAUUUUUACUUCAUUUGUAUCAUUGAACAAAUACCAUGUCACUUUUUUUAAAGAACAAGCUAACUACUGACUUGCAGCAUGCAUCUAGGGAAGGGCACUCAACUUGUACUGCACUAACUCAGAUGACUGAUUGGUUAAAAUAAAUGGAUAAUAAGA